AUGCAUACCAUCAUCGACAUGGCGACAUCUGCACCAGACAAGUACUCGGUCAUCCUCCCGACGUAUAAUGAACGCAAGAACUUGCCGGUCAUUGUGUGGCUCUUGGCCCGCACCUUUGAGAGCCACAAUCUCGAGUGGGAGAUCAUCGUCGUAGAUGACGCAAGCCCCGAUGGCACACAGGAGAUUGCACACCAGCUCGCAAAGACUUAUGGCGAGGAUAAGAUCAUGCUCCGCCCGCGAGCGGGCAAACUCGGUCUCGGGACAGCAUAUGUCCACGGCCUCAACUUUUGUACGGGGACGUUUGUGAUUAUCAUGGACGCGGAUUUCUCGCAUCAUCCCAAGUUCAUCCCCGAAUUCAUCAAGCAGCAAAAGACGCACAACCUCGAUAUUGUCACGGGCACGCGGUACGCUUCCUCGCCCUCGCCUCCGUCGUCGGACGCCAACCCCAUCGGUCUCGGCCCAGGCGGCGUAUAUGGCUGGGACCUGAAACGCAAGCUCGUGUCGCGCGGGGCAAACUACCUCGCCGAUACAGUUCUGCAGCCCGGCAUCUCGGACCUCACAGGCUCGUUUAGGCUGUAUCGCCUGCCGGUCCUGCGCGACAUUAUCGGGCGCUGCACGAGUAAGGGAUACGUGUUCCAGAUGGAGAUGGUCGUGCGGGCUCGCGCGCUGGGGUAUACCGUUGGCGAGGUGCCGAUUACCUUUGUUGAUCGGAUUUAUGGCGAGAGCAAGCUUAGCGGCAAUGAGAUUGUCGGCUAUGCCAAGGGAGUCGCUAAUCUCUGGUGGAAUGUCUAG